GCUGGGACGGACGGUGGGACCCCGCUUGAUCGAUCCCGCGUCGAUCGAGGCAGAUCUACGCGGCGCGGAGAGAUCAAGAUUGACAAGAAUGCUCGCGCAGAACUCGAUAAUGCACCACGCUACAUACAGUACAUUCGAUCGCGACCUACCUACAAAAUAAUUGUAGAUUAUGUAAGCUACGUACCCUACAGUUUGCCCAUUUUUGAAAACUUCUUUCCCGUGUAUGGAGCUGUAAAGCAGUGAGUUUUGGUCUUGCAUGGCUGCCUCUUCGUGUAGCACCGUGACAAACUGGAACGACACUACGUAGACUCUCCUAGCAGAAACGUCUGUGUUGAGCUAGCUCAGUCCGUUUAGAUUUUCGGAAGCUGUUUCCAGCUGUCCUGCCAGGGCUGGGGCUCGCCUCGCUGCACUGCAUCGCCUGUCUCCAGCUCGUGUGAAGGAAAUCAGCCCACUACAACUGCUGCUACUGCCGAUCCAGUGUGCAGCCUAGCCGCGAGGGAAGCAUCACGCCACGGACUACCAGCAUCAGAGCCUCCACUCCAGCGCUAGUGCCAGGUCUGCCGCUGAAGGACAGCAUUGAGGCUCAGCACAAGUGCGAAGUCCAGCUGUAUCCGACGAAACUGACCAAAAUUUUACUAGUCGCUGUCCAGCAGUUUAGGACGAAGCCGUCACAAUCACCAGUGGCUGUGAGUAACGGAGACCUAUUUCUGCGGAAAGCCUCGGGCUAUAUCAUCAUCAAACCGGAGUUAUUUGGUCCGUUGCACAGAAGAUAUUAAUUUUGUUCUUGAGUCCGGGACGCAAGAAGCAAAUUAUUGGAAGAGAUAAUUCAGAAGAUUGGCGUUCACUGUGGUUUGUGCUGCCGGGAAGAUGCCUCCGAAAUCUAAUCGAGAAUGGGAGUUGAGCGUGUUCACGCCGCAGAUUGGAGCGACCAAGACCUUUCUGGUGACCUCCGGCAUGAGCAUUGGGGAGGUGGUGGUCAAGGUUGCAUCUGCUCUAGGACCCCAGGACUGGUCCGACUUUGCACUGUGGUGGCCGGAACGAAACAUAUGGCUAAAUCGUCCGCGACUGGCCCUCAGCUCUGAGGGUGUGCAGUCAGACAGUAAGCUACACUUCCUCAGGAUCAAUCAAGUACUGCAGGUGCAAUUGCCUGAUCGUACUGUCGUCAAGAUGCCAGUCAAUAUGGUUGUGAGAUGUUUUCAUGCUGUUGAGCAGGUAUGCAAAACGGUCGGCAUUCGCCGCUUUGAGGAGCUGUCGUUCAUGCGCUGCAACAACCGUCCAGUCGAAGACAACCAGGCACUCAACUACUUUGGCUCUCGCAAGAACGUGCACAUCAAUGCCUUGCUUGAUCCGCUCAUGGUGCGUGAUCGACACACACCGGAGCAUACAGUGAGCAGGAUCACGGACGAGGGUACCUACGUGGUCGGAGGCCAGAAUAUUGGUGAUGUUGUGCGAAGCGAUGAUGUGCCAGAUGGUAUUCUGCUGGAUAGGUGGUCACCGAGUUCCAUGGACAAGGCGUAUCUGCAUGGACUGUGGUUUGACUCCUCCAGACCUCUAUUUAGCCAGGGUGUUCAAGAGAAUGACUUUAUCCAGCUGCGUUUCAAGUACUUCUCUUUCCUUGACUUGGACCCUCUAGUUGACGCUGUACGCAUUAGUCAGCUGUAUGAACAGGCUCGCUGGUCAAUCCUGACAGAGGAUGUUGAUUGCACUGAGGAGGAAACGUAUACAUUCGCUGCACUCCAGUUCCAAGUCCAACUAGCAGCAGCUAUGCCUCGUGAAGUGGAUGAACCACCUUCAGAGGAUUCCGACCUUGAUCAGGCUCUGACAAACCUGCAGUUCUCGCUUGGUACUCAACCUCAAAGUGCUGCAGCCGCAGCUGAGCCAACACAGAAAAUCGAGGGAGACCUAAAGUUUCAGAAGGUUGGCAAGUUGACGCUCAAGUCAGCCAAAACUUACCGUUUCUUGUUCCAAGAUUGUUCCCUUGUACAGUACAAGAAAGGUGAAGUCACUCCAAUGAAUCGCUUCAAUGUUCGAGGCGCUGAUCUGCAGCCAGAUGUGGAAGUUGACAAGGACAAAUACCAGCUGAGGGUAUCCUUGUCUGAUGGUGAUGAUGAAAUGGAUGUCAAAAUCACUUUUGAAACGACCGAUGAGUUCUGUACGUGGCUGGCUGCUUUCCGUAUGGCAUCUCGAGGCAAGUCGGCAGGCAGCACGGGGCAUAGAGAGGAAGUGAAAGCCUGCGAGAUGUUCUUGGACAUACAGAGAACUGGAAAAAGCCAUAAAGAGAAUGGCUCUUUAGUUGGUCACUUCGUGCCGAACCGCAUCCUCAAGAAGAAGGCGAUAAACAAGAUUGCUGCACAGGUGCUUGGCUUCCAUGGUUCUCUGGAACGCCGCUCCGUCUUGGAGUCCAAGCUGGCGUACAUCCGCGCAUGGGAGGGCCUGCAGGACUUUGGCCUGUCCUACUUCAUCAUCAAAUUCUCCACCUACAAAGCAAAAGAUGAACUGCUGGGUGUUGCGUACAACCGCUUGGUGCGACUUGAUCCGCAGACACAUGCUCACCUGCAGACAUGGCGCUACUCAACAAUGAGAACAUGGGAUAUCAACUGGGAAAUCAAGGAAAUGAGAGUCGACCAUGAAGACGGCACCUUCUCCUUCACCUGCAGCAGUUCUCAUUUGAAGAUUCUCCACGAGUUCAUUGGCGGCUAUAUCUUCAUGAGCAUGAGAAAGGAUGUGCACGAGGCUGUCAAUGCCGAGAGCUUCCUCAAGCUAACCGGAGGUUGGGAAGGAUAGGGUGAUAGUUCUUGGCAUGCUUGACGCCUACUCUGAAACGUCUCUGCAACUCGCAGAACCAGUGCUUUGGCGACAGUGAUGAUGAACAUGGCGGAAUAGAGUUACCAAAAUUAGAGCUGCACCAUGUCUCUUGCGCAUCAAUUGCCCAUUCAAAGGUGGAAUGCAAAAUUUCUAAAUGUUGACCCUUAUGUUCAGAGAAUUUAGAUUUCGAAUACAUGUAAUAUGAUCCUGCUACCCAAGCACAUCAUGACACACUGUCAACUGAUUACAGGUGACAGUUGCCUAUGCUCUAAAGACCAAGUUGAGUUGUAACACAUGCACUACAUACAGUAAUGCGUAUGAUUUUGAUAACUUACUGAUAGUUGGGUACUGAGUGGCAACAUUCUGACAUCAUUGCUGGAAGCCAUUACUAAUACCCUCCUGAUACACAGAGCACAGCUCCCUCCCUGUCUGUCAGAAUUGUUCAUCAAUAUUUAAGUUUAGGAAAGACAUGUUCAAAUUUGGAAAGAUUUCAGAAAGUGCUUAUGCAUGCGAAAUUUUAGCUCGUGCUACAAGCAAGCAUUUAAUGGAAAUUUGCAAAACUUUCAAAUUAUGCAUUGAUUAGUUUGAGCGAAUGAAAAGUUUUGAAGAA